AUGACAGUCGCUAGUGAUGUCGGUGAAUUGCAAGGGUCAUCGCGUGAUAAACUUCACCAACUCGUUGAGAUAUCAGUUACAGACAACGACGUUCUUUAUAUUAGUAAUGCUGGAACCCAUCGGAUUGUUGCUGUUCAUCUUAACUCAACCACAAACAAUUAUUUUAUGGAUUCUGUGCAAGGAAAUAGUUCCGGUGAAUUCAAUCAAUCAUACAGUAUUUUCAUAUUUAACACUUCGCUCUAUGUUCUUGAACAUUUGGGUAAACGAAUACAAAAAAUGUCUCUUAACGGUUCAAAUCCAGUUGUAGUACUUAAUGUAAAAGACUUAAGUAGGCCACUGUGUUUGUUUAUCAAUGGCAACGAAAAUAUAUAUGUGAGCGAUAGAGAUGCUCACAAGGUGUUACUUUUUCGAACAAAUUCAACAAGUGGUUUAGUUGUUGCUGGUAAUGGAUCCGAUGGAUCCACCGAUACACAACUAAAUCAACCGUACGGAAUCUUUGUGAACGAGAUUGGAACCAUAUACGUUGCAGACAGUUUGAAUCACCGAAUUAUGAAAUGGCCAUUUGGAGCAUCAUCUGGUAUCCGUGUAGCUGGUGACGGAACAACUGGCAAUGAAUUAACCCACGUUAAUACACCAACGAAUAUUAUUGUUGAUAAAGAUGGAUAUAUGUAUAUUAGGGAAGAAGGUAGUUACUCUCGAAUAACAAGAUGGGCUCCCGAGUCGCACGUUGGUAUAUGUAUUGCUGCCUGCACUGGUGGCGCUGGAAUUACGGCAAAUCAAUUAUAUUCUCCUCAUUCGCUAGCGUUCGAUAGUCAAGGUUCGCUUUAUGUUGGCGAUUUUGGUAGUCAUCGAGUACAAAAAUAUGAACUUCUAAACUAUCCUAUUUCAUAUAAUCAACCAACACUUUGCGCAAACGUAACAUGGAGUCAUUAUGGAAUUGUGUUUGCUAAUGCGAAUAUGGUUGGCCAGAUGCAUCGUGGACUGUUUAUUGAUUCAAAUAAUACAAUUUAUGCAUCUCAUUCUUCUAAUAAUCAAAUUCUGAUCUGGUCUGGAAAUAAUAGCAAUCCAGAACGGAAACUAAACACUAGUUUAUUCCAGUACUCGAAUUUAUUUGUAACAUUAAAUGAUGAUCCCAGAGAUGUGAUCCUUGACGGUGACGAUUUUCUAUACAUUGUAGACACAUGCAAUCAUCGAAUAAUCCAAGUUAGAAACGAUAAUACUUAUCGGUGUAUCAUUGGUUGCCAACGAGCGCCGAUAUCGGUAUUAGAAAAGCCAUAUUCACUUCGUUUUGAUAGCAGUGGUAAUUUAUAUGUUGCUCACGAGCAUAAUCAUCGUAUUAAAAAAUUUAAUAUUUCCACGAGUUCAUGUGUGACUUCUGAACAUAUAACAACAAUAACUACAGAUUUACCUGAAACUUCGCAAUCUGCUAACGAACACGGCGGCUCAACAAUAAUCUUCAACCAAUCAUUAACAACGGGCAACUUAGUUGCACAUUCCAACACUCCACCAUCAUUAUUUUUCGUAGCACGUCUAUGUGAAGAUUCCCCGAAUAUUGGUCCAGAUUGCAUGACACCGGGUACCAUUUGUGAAAUACAAAAGCCAUGUUUAAAUGAUGGAAAUUGUACUAAUCUGAACAACAAUCAAGAUUAUAACUGUUUAUGCUCAUCGAAUUUUACUGGAAAACAUUGUGAAACCGAUCAGCGGAUUUGUAAAGAAACCACUUGUUUAAAUAACGGUAAUUGUAGUAUAACAUCAGAUUUGAAUUACAAUUGCACAUGCACAUUUGGUUAUGAAGGAAUGCGAUGUGAAAGCAGAACUAAUUUUUGUUCGAACAUUACAUGCUACAAUAAAGGCGUUUGCCGUUCAUUAUCGGAUGGUGGAUAUCUAUGCCAAUGUCUUAGUGGUACUUUUGGUAAACAUUGUGAAAAUAUUGAAUCAAGAAUUCG